AUUUAUUGUGAAAAAAUUUAAGAAAAUUUAAUUUGGUCAACUUCCGCUACCUGACAUACUGAAUUAACGCAAAUAUCUAAUCUAUUACCACGAUUGCUUGUCACUUUUGACAAUUCGUUUUGUUGUAAUUUUCGCGCAGAAGCACAAAAGAAAUUGGAAAUUUCUGGCAAAUUAAAUUUUUUAUAAAAGACACGCGAGUUGAAAGUUAAACGUCAGUUUAAAACAGAAAACACAAGAAUAAAGAUAUAACAAAGCGAAAGGCUCUUAGCCGAAUACUAGUGAUUUUUCAAGCAACAAAGAAAAUCAGUGUGAUUUAUUAUCUUAAAUAUUUAAUUAAUUAAAACAAAUUUACAAAAAUGGUACGACGUGGACGUUCAGCUAGCCCACCCCCAGCUACCAGGAGGAGUGCGCCCACACAUCAUGCACCAGCUCCAACACCAAAUGUGCCGGCACGCGCCGCUCCGGCAGCACCCCCAGCACCAGUACAAGCUGCACCCAGCGCUGUUGGCGCACCACAGCAGCCAUCAAUGUUCCAACAAAUGGCAGCUACCGCUGGUGGUGUAGCUGUUGGCUCAGCAGUGGGACAUACACUUGGUGCCGGUAUUACUAGCUUGUUCAGUGGUUCUGGUGAUAAAGAGGCUGCCGCUCCCGCUGCCGCAGCAGCUCCACCAGCUCAACAGCAAUACUACGGCAAUGCAGCUCAGCCCAACGAGCCACAAGGUGCUUGUGCUUGGGAGAUUAAACAGUUCCUGCAAUGCGCUCAAGGCCAAUCUGACUUGACACUCUGCGAAGGCUUCAAUGAAGCGCUACGUCAAUGCAAGGUUCAACAUCAUUUGCAAUAAAUUGUUGGUUGACACACAGCAAACUCAAUUACUUACAUAAAUAUUCAAACCGUUAUAUGAUAUAAUACAAUAUUAAUCAAUGAAAUAAUUGUGAACAAAAACAAAACAACAAAAACAAAUUUAUAAUUUAGAUGUUUCAAAGUUCAA